AUGAGCAACAAAUGCGACGUGGUCGUGGUGGGGGGCGGCAUUUCAGGUAUGGCAGCAGCCAAACUUCUGCAUGACUCUGGCCUGAAUGUGAUUGUUCUGGAAGCCCGGGACCGCGUGGGAGGCAGGACUUACACCCUUAGGAACCAAAAAGUUAAAUAUGUGGACCUUGGAGGAUCUUAUGUUGGGCCAACUCAGAAUCAUAUCUUAAGAUUAUCCAAGGAGCUAGGAUUGGAGACCUACAAAGUGAAUGAAGUAGAGCGUCUGAUUCACCAUACAAAGGGUAGAUCCUACCCCUUCAGGGGCUCAUUCCCAUCUGUGUGGAAUCCUAUCGCCUACCUAGAUCAUAACAACCUCUGGAGGACGAUGGAUGACAUGGGACGAGAGAUUCCCAGUGAUGCCCCAUGGAAGGCACCCCUUGCAGAACAGUGGGACCUGAUGACAAUGAAGGAGCUGCUAGACAAGAUCUGCUGGACAGAAUCUUCGAAGCAGCUUGCUAUUCUCUUUGUGAACCUUUGCGUUGCUGCAGAGAUCCAUGAGGUCUCCGCUCUCUGGUUCCUGUGGUAUGUGAAGCAGUGUGGGGGCACGACCAGGAUCUUCUCAACAUCCAAUGGAGGGCAGGAGAGAAAAAUUGUGGGUGGAUCUGGUCAAGUGAGUGAGCGGAUAAUGGACCUCCUGGGGGAUCGAGUGAAGCUGGAGAGGCCUGUGAUCCACAUUGACCAGACAGGAGAAAAUGUCCUUGUGGAGACCCUAAACCAUGAAUUGUACGAGGCUAAGUAUGUGAUUAGCGCUGUUCCUCCUGUUCUGGGCAUGAAGAUUCACUUCAAUCCCCCUCUGCCAAUGAUGAGAAAUCAGCUGAUCACUCGUGUGCCUUUGGGUUCAGUCAUCAAGAGUAUAGUUUAUUAUAAAGAGCCCUUCUGGAGGAAUAUGGAUUACUGUGGAAGCAUGAUUAUUGAAGGAGAGGAAGCUCCAGUUGCCUACGCAUUGGAUGAUACUAAACCUGAUGGCUGCUAUCCUGCCAUAAUAGGAUUUAUCCUUGCUCACAAAGCCAGAAAACUGGCCCGUCUUACCAAGGAGGAAAGGUUGAAGAAACUCUGUGACCUCUAUGCAAAGGUUCUGGGCUCACAAGAAGCUUUGCACCCGGUGCACUAUGAAGAGAAGAACUGGUGUGAGGAGCAGUACUCAGCAGGUUGCUACACUUCUUACUUUCCUCCUGGAAUCAUGACUCAAUAUGGAAGGGUUCUACGCCAGCCAGUGGGCAGGAUUUACUUUGCAGGCACAGAGACUGCUACACACUGGAGUGGCUACAUGGAGGGGGCUGUGGAGGCUGGCGAGAGAGCAGCCCGAGAGAUCCUGCAUGCCAUGGGCAAGAUCCCAGAGGAUGAAAUCUGGCUGCCUGAACCGGAGUCUGUGGAUGUUCCUGCAAAGCCCAUCACCACCACCUUCUUGCAAAGGCAUUUGCCCUCUGUGCCUGGCCUGCUGAAGCUGUUUGGAUUGACCACCAUCUUUUCAGCAACUGCUCUCGGCUACCUGGCCCACAAGAGGGGGCUCCUGGUGCGAAUCUAA